CGCUGUCUGUCGAGGAAGUAAAUAUGGCUGCUACCAUGAAGGGACCUGUCGGUGUGGAAGACGUGAACGUGACUUUCGAGGACCAGCAGAAGAUCAACAAGUUUGCCAGGAACACCAAUCGCAUGACGGAGCUGAAAAAUGAGAUAGAAUCCAAGAAGAAAUCGCUGCAGAAUCUGCAGGACGCCAGCGAUGACCUGAUGAUGUUUGACGACGACACGCUAUUGAUUCCGUAUCAGAUCGGCGACGUCUUCAUCAGCCACACGCAGGAGGAGACGCAAGAAAUGCUGGAGGCUGCCAAGGAAGCCUUGGAGCAGGAGGUCAAAGGUCUGGAGGAUCGUGUGUCGGCCAUCCAGCAGUUGCUGUCGGACCUGAAGGUGCAGCUUUACGCCAAGUUUGGUAACAACAUCAACUUGGAGGCGGACGAAAGCUGAGGUGGGCCUGGGGCCUGGGCCCAACAAGGACUUGGACUGAACGUUUGACAAACCGGAUUUACAACUCAAUGUUCCCACAAAAACAAAUAAACACACAAAAGUAUUUCA